ACUACAGCAACUUCUGGGAAGUUGAUUGAAUGGAAUCCAGCACAACAUCAAAAGUUGUUACCUCCAAGCUGGAACAGCAUUUUGCAAGACAUGGCAUCCCCAACAAAGUGGUCUCGAAUAAUGGUCCCCAGUUCAACUCGGACGAAUUCCGAAGAUUUGCACAUGAGCGGGAGUUCGAUCAUGUCACCUCAAGUCCCGGACAUACGCAGUCCAAUGGCCUGGCCAAAAGUGCUGUCAAGACGGUCAAAAGGCUAAUUAGGAAGGCACGUGACGACAGAAAAGAUCCCUGGCUCGCACUUCUCGAUCACAGGAACACGCCCACCGAAGGCAUGAGAAGCAGUCUGGUUCAGCGACUGAUGAGCCGUCGGACCAGAACACUACUCCCAACAAGAGAAACCCUUCUCAAACCAAAGCUGGCUGGAAGUGUCCAGGAAGAGAGGAACAAAAUCAAGAUGAAACAAGCAUUCUAUUACAAUCGAAAUGCUAAAGAUCUACUACCCUUAGCGAAAGGUGACACAGUGCGACUACAGCCUUUAAAGAACAGGAAAGAACCAUGGAAGAAAGCUACAGUCCAGGAAGAAGUCAAUGUUAGGUCAUACAAUGUCCUUACAGAAGAUGGUUCCAUCUUACGACGUAACAGACAACAUCUUAAGGCAACUAAAGAACAGCCAAUGCAGCUGCAAACAGAUCAAAUGCCACAGGACAACAAUACACAGGCAGCCCAAGAAACCGCAACUUCACCAUUCAAUUCGUCGCAGACAGCGCCCUCUCCAGAGACACCAGUAAAGCUUCCAGCAGCCGAUUCAGCGCUAACAAAGCAGCCGGUGGGAGUAAAGCAAGCUCGUUCUGGUCGAGUUGUCAGUACCCCUUUGUACUUGAAAGACUAUGUUUGCUAUAGCAAAGGGACAAACAAAACAGGAGAUGACUUAAGUAGAACUCAAUUUGAUUUAUUUGAUUCUUUGAUUUUUUUAGAAAAGGGAUGUAAUGAUAGAUCGUAUCACUAG